AUGCCUCCCAAGUUGGAGAGCCCCGCUCGAUCACCUCGUUGUAAUGUAGGCUGCCGCGAACGAUUUCUCUUGCUUAAAGAGACCUUUUACGUUAUACCCAAUAUCCAAAUUGGCAAAAAUUCAGAAAGCCUGAUUGAUGGUGGUAGCAUUUCCACACCCACUGACCACAGGGCUGUUCUGCCCCCAUUCUAUAGCCAUUUUGAAGCAUGGUUCGGUUCUGACCCAGGUUCCCGUGGAAGUAGAGGACCGAGGAAGUAUGUUUUCAAAAGUGGCGAUACUGAGAUUACAAUCCCCAUUUCAGAACCAAGAGAAAAAGGUCCCGACAUUUCGCUAUUGCCUGAUAAUGAGAGUUCGUUACCCGAUACUCAACAGCUCCUGAGAGAGGCCGCGAGAACCAGCCAACAGUUCCCAGCUUCCUCUCCACAUAUCUAUCAGCACCAUGGGCGCAAAAAGGCCAAGCCAUGGUUCGGAAAACCGUGGGAGGUGAGAGUGCCGGAAAUUCUCGAGACGAAAUGGAGCGAAGCUGGAGGUAUUAAAGAGCGGCUGGAUCUGGACCUGGAGCCAACACGGAUCCAAUUGACACGAAAGGCAUCAAAGCGUAAAUGCCGACGGUCGGAGCGCGAAUUCAACGCUGAGCUGCGUAUGUCCGGGGCCGUGGAUCCUCGUCACCCCCAUACCGUCACCCUCUUCCCACAUGUUUGGAUAUUUUGUGGCAGUGAAUGGGCUUUGAAGGUUAUUGAGAAGGCCUUGAGGUCCAUCUCAUGGAUCGAAGGUUUUCUCAAUCGACCGGUUGAAUUCUGCAUUGGCGGAAUCGAGCUGUGUGGCUUGGAGACUGUGAUCCCCCUAGAAGAACUUCAAAAAUAUGCGGUACCAAGUUCCAGCCUGCGUUGUAGCGGGGGAGAUGUUCUUUUUCAUUUUGCCAAGCUCCGUCCUCGCUUUACCUCCCUGUCAGCCUGUGGUUGGCUAUGUUGCGCUACUUAUUUGAAAGAUAAUACUGUCCGAAAUCAACGUUUAUCUAGAAUCGGAGGAAUUCUAACGUCUGGCAUAUUGGACGAAUGCCACAAACACCACCUCGGUACUAUCUUAACGGUGGCACAUGGGCUUUUAGACGAAGAGGAGGAUGAUCUGGAUGAAGUUUACUCUUCAUACAAUGACUCUCUUCCAAGCGAUUCGGAAUCUGAUUCUGAAGAUAGCUAUGACAGCGAGGAGAGCGAAAUGAUGGAACCAUUGCCCGGCUCCUCACCGCGUUUGGGGCAACUCGACCCUUCCGAGAUCGUUUUACAGUGGAUUUCAUUCGACGAGGUCUGUGGCAUCAAUUGCUUUGGAAAGAUUGUUCAAAAUGAACAGCCUCCCAGGGAUUCUCCGACCAAUAGAAGCGAUUAUGCCCUCUUGAGGUCUCAUACGCUGCAGCAUCUUCAUAAUACCUACACAACCUCGUCCACAGCACAAGAAGCUGGUAGCUGGGAAGCGAUAACCUCUUAUUCUUCAAAUUCGGAAAUGAAAGAUGGACGUGUUUGCAUAAUCCUAGGACUUGGCCAAGUGGAAGAAGCUUGGCUCCUACCUGGUUCUCAACCGAUGCGUUUAGAAGGGGGUCAAGUAACCGUCAGAAAGCUGCAGCUCCGUCUGCCCCUAGCUCAGGGCACGUCCGGAUCAUGGGUUGUGAAAGAUCAUACUUGGUAUGGGAUGAUCGUUGCUGCAUAUGUAGGAGAGCCGUUGGCAGUCUUCAUCACUGCUGAGGAUAUUUUGUCGGAUAUGAAAUCAUCAUUUCCAUCGCUAGGAGAAACCACUUUGCGCUGUUCAGAAAUUGUGAGCGAGGAUAAAUCUUCUCAGACUGAGGGCUUAAAUGCUACACCCCCGAUUAAUGAGGACGACCAAUUUCAGUCGCUUCUCGCUCUUUUGCCUCUUGAUGAUACCAACAUCGACUAUGACGAAAAUGAAGAUGAGCUUUCCGAUAUAAGCGACUUGGAAGGGAUUUAUAAACCUGAUGAGGACCCCGAUGACAAUCUUGUUGAAACUUAUCCUAGACAACUCUCCCCUAAAAAUCCCAACUUUUACGAGAUUCCAGAGGCGAUAUAUGCUGGAUUCAAACGGCUGCAGCCAGAAAUGGACCCGAAUAUUAAAGCUGACGUGGACAAUAUAUGCAUGGAUGAAGACCAAGGGCCAGAUUGGUAUAACCCUCAUGAUGUAUAUGAUUUCCUCGAAUGGGAGAGAAGAUAUUUGUAG